AUGAAUAUAACAUCUGCAUAUUUCAUUAAUAUGACCGAUCAGUUGAACAACGUUUAUAACGGACACAAUGGGCAAAAUGGACAUAGUUCAAAGGAUGUUGACGUCGAUAAUGAUGAAAAGUACAUUUUUGCUCCUGAAAUAUUGAAAACGGUCUUUAAAUUAUUUUCUACAAAAGAUUCAAAAUUAAACGGUAAUGUAUACGAUUCAAAAUAUUUAUUACGUCCAUUAUCAUACGAUGAUUAUGAUCAUAAUUAUAUUGAAGUAUUACGACAGUUAACUGAAUGUGGUGUUAUAACACGUGAACAAUUCGUUAAACGAUUCAAUGAAAUGAAACAGUGUCCAGAUACAUAUUAUGUACUCAUAUUAGAAGAUCUUCACACAAAUUUAAUCAUAGGCACAGCUACAUUUGUCUGUGAAAGAAAAUUUAUACGUCAGUUAGGUUUACGCGGACGUAUUGAAGAUGUGGUAAUUGAUAACACAUAUCGUGGACAAAAUUUAGGCAAAUUAUUAAUUGAAAUAUUAACAACAUUAAGUAGCCUAAGAGGUUGUUACAAAAUAUCGUUGGAGUGCAAAGAUCAUUUAGUGAAAUUUUAUCAACAAUUUGGUUAUAAUCAUGAAGAUAAAC